AUGGUGGACUUGAACACCAAUAAGGUCGUAAGAAAAGGAGACAAUAUACUUGUAUAUCUGAAUCAGCCAAAAGAUUUCAUAUAUGAUAUAGACAAUAUAGCUGUUGAAUACAGUGAGGUUGGGAAAAGUGUAGAAGUAGUUAAUGAUCAGAUACCAAAGUUCAUUAAAGACAACAUGAAGAGGUUCUUUAGGGGGGAUCUAAAGGAAUAUGUAGGAUUUUUGGAAGAAAAUCUAGAGAUAUUCUUCAAGGGAGAGGUUCCAGAGACAGAAAGAAAAGAACAAACAAAAAGAUCUUUCGAAUUACCGAGUGACUACAAGUUUCCCAUUAACAAAAGAGUACAGAUGAAUGUGGCCGUAGAAGUGGAAAAGAGGUAUACUUCCAUAGUCUCUUGCGAAUGCCUUAAUUUACAGGCUGGAUGUAAUAGAUGUGGAAGAAUCUUGGAAAUGCCUGGGCCAACAGAAUGCCCUGGAUGCAAGUGCAGAGUGGAAAUAAAUUACAUUCCCUCUGUUGACUCCGAAUUCCUGGGAUUUCUAGGCCUCCAUGGAUGCAAGUUGAUUUGCUUCAAUCCUUCUAGGUACCAGCUUUCCUGUGAUAGCUGCCACAUGAACUACGAAACAAGUGAGCUGGGCAUAGGUGAUACCUUUCGUAUAAAGUGCUACGAAUGCUUGUCGAAUAUUUCUCUGAAGAUAUCCAAUAUAAAGCUCAUACAGAAGAAGAAAGAAACACUAAAGCCAGGCCAGCCAUUACCAGACAAGGGCGUGUGUAGGCAUUAUAAGAAAUCAUACAGAUGGUUUCGAUUUCCUUGCUGCAACUCCCUUUAUCCUUGUGACAUAUGCCAUGAUGAGGAGAGUGGGCAUGUACAUCAGAUGGCUAAUAAGAUGGUUUGCGGGCUUUGCUCAAAAGAACAGGGUGUUAGCAAGGCAUGUGAUUGCGGUAUGAACCUGAAGAAAUCCACUUCGUUUUGGGAGGGAGGAAAGGGUAGUAGAAAUAAAGCAACAAUGAGCAGAAAGGACAGAAAGAAGUAUACCAAAUAA